CAUUUGCUAAUUACCAACCCAGAGCCACAUUACAUCUAAAUUAUACCUCCUUUUAAGCCACAAUCACAUAGUUAUUUUGAUCAAAACAUGCAUCUCCCCCUCCAACACACAUAUAAAUAGCCACACACCUUUUAAACUUCUAACCUACCUCCACCUCUAUCAAAUGGAAACCUCAUCCCAAAUACACCACCACCCCCAGAUAAAAUAUAACAACCACCCCUUAUCACCACCAUUACGCGGUGGAGAUGUCGACAAGAACACCACCAUCAUCGCGACGAAUACGCCUAACAAAACCUACAUGUUACUCUUAGUAUUUAACUACAUGUUCCUAUUCUUAGGCUCGGUUUCAUCAAGCUUACUCUCCAAAUUUUAUUUCAAUCACAAUGGCUCUAGUAGAUGGGUCUCCACUUGGGUCCAAUGUGCUGGCUUCCCUCUCCUCAUUCUCCCCAUUUUCCUCCCUUUUCACCUCUUCAAAUCCACCCAAAGAAAACCCUUCUCUCAUCUUUCCCAAAACCUCUUUCUCUACUCUCUCCUCAUUGGGCUUCUUUUGGGCCUCAACAACCUCCUCUUCUCUUGGGGAAACUCUUAUCUCCCUGUCUCCACCUCCUCACUUCUCCUCUCUUCUCAGCUCACUUUCAACCUCAUUUUCUCAGUCAUCAUUGUGAAACAAAGAAUCACAUUCUCUAAUCUCAACUGUGUUGUCCUCUUGUCCCUAGCUUCAGUCUUAUUGGGCCUGGGCCUGGGCUCAUCUCACGACGACGAGCCCAAUGACCAGGCCCGUGAGAAAUAUUUCAUAGGCUAUUUUUGCACCAUUGGCGCAGGCUUGUUAUUUGCACUCUACUUGCCAUUAAUGGAAAUAAUUUACAAGCAAGUCUACUGUUAUUCCAUGGUGAUGGAAAUGCAGCUGAUCAUGGAAGCCUCCGCCACGGUGCUAGCCACCGCGGGCAUGGCGGUCAACGGCGGCUUUUCGGAGAUGAGACGCGAGAGUGAACUAGGGUUUGAUCUAGGGCACAAAUAUUACUGGCUGACAGUGAUGGGAAACGUGGUGACGUGGCAGUUAUGCUUCAUGGGGACCGCGGGGAUGGUGUUUCUCACCUCGGGGCUCACCGGAGCGAUAUGCAUGACGGCGUUGACGGGGGCGAAUGUGGUGGGAGGAGUGGUGGUUUAUGGCGAUAGAUUCGACGGUGGGAAGGCGGUGUCGGCGGCGUUGUGUGGGUGGGGGUUUUGUUCUUAUGUGUAUGGAUUGUAUGUCAAGUCUAGACAAGGAGAGAGUGAUCGGAGAUCGGAGAUGAGUACUGAGGUUGUUGUCGCAUGAUCAUUUGCUUAAGUGUAAAUUAAUUAAUUAAUUAAAGCUACUACUAGUGAUUACUGUAAUUAAUUACGUGAGUACUGAGAGCGUAGAGGUUUUGUGAAAAAGUGAUGUUAAAAACGGUGGUAAUUAAAUUGUGAAUUACUGCUUAA